AUGGCGCGGAUAAGAAUGCUGCGAGCUUCGCGUCAAGCCGCAGUAUUUGCCCUGGGAGCAGCAGCGGGCACCCAAGUUCCAGCAAUCCCAUCACCCUUCCGCACAGCCUACGCUGAAGCUCCCUCCAAAGACGAACUUCCGGAUAAAAAGCCCAUAUACUCCGCCUACCCAGUCGCGCCCACCACCCCUCAGCCGUCGUCCACUUCACCCGUGUCACAACCUCACCCUACCUCGCCCACGCCGACGGACAGGCUCGCAGAACAGGUAAAGAAUGCUCGGGUCUUCCUCUAUCAUCAUUCUCUCUCCGCCGAGACGUCCUUCAACAACUUCCUAAGUUGGGCGUUCCGCAAAGAAACAGACUUCAGCAACACCAUCGCAUCAUUAGCUCCCAAGCCGGAGACAGGAGAGCAACUCCUCCCGGGAGCGAUUUACGUCCUCGUCGCGACGCUUACAGGCUCGAUAAUCUCGCGAAACAGAGGUAUUUUCCUACGGACUACGUUUCCGCUGGCUGUGGGUGUUGCUGCGGGCUGGUAUCUGAUCCCCGUGACUAUGCGGAACACUUCAGACUUGAUCUGGGAGUACGAGAAGAGAGUGCCCGUGGUAGCCGAUACGCAUUCGCAGAUCAGCGCCUUCGUGCAGGAGGCGUGGAAGCAGACGCGGGGAAUCACUCAAGGAGCCGCCGAGUGGGCAGACGAGAAGGCUAUUGAGGCCAGGAAAAGUGUGGAGGAUUUGGUUUCCAAGGGGAAGUAG